AGAUGCAUUGACUUUGAAAUGAAGUCGCGCGAAGUUCAAACGAGGGGGAAAGGUUUCGCUCCGAAGCCUUUGACGAGGAAGGAUCGUCGGAAACAAGAGCGGAAGGAUAAAAAAGCCAUGAAGCAUGCUUUUUUGCUGAAACUCGUGGGAAAGAUGCCUCAGAAGGACGAAAAAGUCGUGGAGAACCCAUCGAAGCCGCCCUCUUCGAAAGCAAAGCAAAAGAAAACGGUAACGUUUUCUGACAACACCGAAUCCGUGAAACGAACGAAAGCGGAAAAAACUGCCAAGGAGUACGAAGCAGUGCGAAGGAAAAAUCUGCGUCGUGAUAACAAGGAGGAAGACAAGGAAAUCAAGCGCUUGGAGAAGAAACUGAAGCUAAAUAAACGGAAAAAGAAAUCAUUGCCUCAGUCCUUCUUAUCUGACGGGCUUGAUUACUUGUUGGACAUGUGCGAUCCGGAAAAAGCAGCAAACAUAAGCAGUUCUGCUGCAUAUGGUGAUUCUGGCUCAGAGUUUGAAGAAGACUUCCGAGAAUCAACGAAGAAUCACCUGUCGGACGAGACUCUCCCAGAUUCGGCACUUAAAAAAAAAUCUCGGUUCGUCGAGCGUCAAAAGAAAGAAGAAUUUGAGAAUGUUGAAAAAACAGAUAGCAUGGUGCUGAGCUCCGAUUCAGAAGCCUCGGAUCUUGAAAGUGACGAAGAACCAGAGAAGUCAUCAACUGUAAAAAAUCGGCAGGCAGGUGGUAGCACUAGUUCUUGCGCGGAGUCCGACGACGAGGCUCCCAUCCGGAAAAAAUCAGAGAGCGAUUUUGUGAUGGAUUACAACACUCCCCAUGGUAGUGAAUCGGACGAAAGUGACGAUGAAUCUGAAAAUUGUGAUGAAGCUGAGGCAGUUGAUGCGAAUGACUCCGAGAACGAAAAUUCUGGGCAGUGGGAAGAUAUAUACGGUCGUUCACGUGACAAGGAGGGUAACGUCGUCAAUGCCGAUACUACGGCGAAGUACGUACCUCCAGGGAAAAGGUCGGACGUUGGAGACGAUUCGAAAUCAGCUUCAUUUCUUAGAUUGAAGCGUCAAUUGAACGGUUUGCUGAACAGAUUAUCAGAAGCCAACAUGGUCUCAAUCGAACGAGAAGUUAGUUGUUCAUGAGUAAGCUGUGUUCUUUAAUCAAAGCCACGAAUUAUUAAAUUUUUUACUCCUUGUAGUGCGCAGCUCUGUUUGCGAGUCAUAGCAGAAAUGAUAUGUGUCGUGCGCUCAACACCUCGAUGAUGGAUUCGCUUGUGACCAAAGUUCUCACUCCGGAAAAGCUUUUGAUGGAACCUGCUAUGCUCGUUGCGCUCCUCCACGUACACAUUGGUUGCGAAGUCGGUGCAAAUUUUGUGGAAAUGCUUGUCAAGUGGUUCGACGAGCUUCACUCUUCCGAUGAAGCUCUUAUUGCCGAAGAUCGUCGAUUGGAUAAUAUUAUUUUUCUGCUGUGUCAUUUGCAAAACUUCAAGGUACUUGAUUCAACGUUGAUGUAUGAUGUACUGAAGAGCCUGUGCCGAAAACUUUCGGAGAAGGACGUCGAGUUAAUUCUGAUAAUCCUCCGAACCAUUGGUUUCUCCCUGAGAAAGCAAGACGCGAAUGCUAUGAAAGAAUUCAUCGUUGAAGUGAAGGCGAAGGCUACCGAACAGGCUGAAAGUUAUCAAGGAGCUAGGAUCAAGUUCAUGCUGGAAGCAUUGUUGGCUGUGAAGAACAACAACGCAUUGAAAAUGCCUAAUUAUGACCCUGAGCCGGUUGCGACUAUGCAGAAAACAUUGAGGAUGCUCAUUCAGGGGAAGACGUUCGACGAGCUAAAAAUUUCUCUGCGAGACUUACUCGAUGCGGAGAAACGUGGGAAGUGGUGGGUGGUGGGUUCUGCGUGGACUGGGAAACUUCCAGGUGAAGAUCCUUCCGGGAAGCCAGCGAAAAGUCAGCAGACAUCGAAGCCUGCCCCGAUUGCUAAUGCUAGCAAGGAGAUUUUGGAGCUCGCUAGGAAACAGAGAAUGAACACUGAAGUGCGAAAAAACGUCUUCUGCAUCAUUAUGACUUCUGACGAUUUUAUGGAUGCGUUCGAGAAACUCAUAAAGUUGGGGCUCAACAAGCACCAGGAUCGAGAACUCGUGGUUGUGUCAAUCGAUUGUUGCCUUCAGGAAAAAGUGUUCAAUCCAUUCUAUGCCCAUUUGGUGAAUCGUUUGUGCGAAUAUGAUAGACGUUUCCAACUGGCGACCCAAUUUUCUUUCUGGGAUCGAGUGAAAGCUUUAAAAGAAUUGGAAGCCUGGCAACUGAGGAAUUUAGCGAGGCUUUUUGCCUUCCUUUUCCUGAAACGUGGUCUGCCGAUAUCUGUGCUAAAGGCGAUACAAUUCUCGGAUCUGGACAAGAAAACACUGAGGCUUGUUCGCCAGAUUCUGAUGUCCGUGCUACUCACCGACACAUUUGACCAGGACGCGGUUGUCGAUGUGUUCUUGCGUAUUUCGCAGUCCACUAAGCUGAAUGAACUGAGAGAGAGUCUGAAGUUAUUUAUGCAUCAUUUUCUGCUAAAAAACAAGUCGAAGUUGUCGCCGGAACAGGCGGAUUUAUUAGAAGAACGAGUUGCCUUGGCCGACAAAGCGCUGGCUUCUGGUCAAAAGAAAUUCUCGCUGUGAGCCGGAUUUUUUUCAUGGACUGCAACGUGGCUCUGUUGUCUGUUGGAACCGCGAAAUGAAACAUUUUGAAUUGAUGGGUUUCCAUGAGUA